GGUGUGAAAUGGAAAUCUCGACGACGGAGCAAGGGCUUUUGAAUUCGGUCGGAUACAUUGGAAUUGUGAUAAGCUCGCAUAUGUGGGGGUUUUUAGCCGACACAACCGGACGAAGACGUGUUUUAUUGAUAUCCAUGGGCGGAAGUUUCAUUUUUGCUCUGUUAUCUGCAUUCUCUUUCAAUGUAUUCACACUGAUAAUGACAAGGCUGUUUGUUGGCAUUUUUGUUUCAGGUGUUCAAGCAGCGACUUAUUCGUACAUUGGUGAAUUCCAUAGCAAUGAAACGAGAACGAAGACAUUAUCCUUUGUGGCAAUGUUCAUGCCGGCUUGUUUCGUUUUCUUGCCAUUAUUGGCAUGGGUCAUCAUUCCAAUGGAAUGGGAAUGGAAUCUAUUUGAUUGCAUGAAAAUUUCUCCAUGGCGCAUUUAUCUGCUAUUGAGUAGUCUUUUGAAUGGAAUCAAUUUCCUUUGUUUGUAUCAACUGCCAGAAAGUCCGAAAUUUCUGCUCUCCAUUAGUCGCAAAAAUGAAACUUUGAAUGUAUUGAAAAGAAUGUAUUCGAUCAAUAUGAAUAUCGAUAAACAGACAUAUCCAAUAAAAGACCUGGUGACCGAGCCCACCGGAAUUGCUCUAUCCAAAGUGCGUGGAAUUUAUGGCAUUUCAAAUUUGGUCUGGAAUCAGACAUGGCCAUUGUUUAAACGACCAAAUGUUGGAAGUACAUUUCAACUAUGUUACUUGAUGUUUGUUCUCUUUUCCAUUGGACAUGGAACAUUUAUGUGGUAUCCCGAUUUUCUUACUAAAAUGCAAGACUAUAUUGAUGGCUCAUAUACAUUGUGCGACAUUGUUGGAAUGAGAGUGUUGCCAUCAAGCAUUCAAAGGGGCCUCAACUCGUCGCUUGAGUCGGACGACAGUGUAUCAUCAAUCGUGCUUACCAAAUGCAAUGUCGAUCGUUCGAAUACAUUGACUUUUAAAAUCAUUUUAAUGAUGGGUGCUGUAUUUGUGACAAUCUCAGCGUUAAUCAGUGUUUACAUCAACAAAGUUGACCGAAAAAAGCUUCUAAUUGGAUGGUUAUUGCUUUGUUCUGGAUUUUCUGCAUCUAUUUCUGUAAUACCACAUUUUUAUGUGAUGGCCAUUUGUUUUAUGAUUUUCUUGAGCUGUGGUCUGUGCGGCGGAAUCAUCAGUGCAAUAUCCAUCACAAUAUUUCCGAUCAAUAUCAGGGCAAUGGCAACAUGUCUCAUUUUAAUGUUUGGAAGGCUCGGAGCGGUUGGUGGAAGCAACUUUGUGGGGAUAUUGCUGAAUGGUCACUGUGAACUCAUAUUCUAUUUGUAUGGCAUUCUAAUUUUAAGUUGUUCGUUCGUAUGCUUUUACUUGAAUACAAAUCCAGUGGAACCAUCGGCAUUCACAAAACAUAAAGCAAUUGAAGUGAAAUGUGAAACAUGAAAUUGAUUUUGGCAAUAAAGUAAAAUGUUUUUCUUA